GGGGAAUACCCAAUAUACGCAGUAGUACUUAGCCAUGGAGUGUUAUUAAAAGCGAAAAGUUAAACAGUCUGUUAUCAACGAUAGUCUUGAAGAGUCUUCGAUACUUCUCGUUCCAAUAAACCGUUGUAAAAAUGGAACCAUAUGUACGACCUCCCGAGCCUUUGUCUGCAAAUGGUGAUAUGGCUGAAAAUUGGCAAAGAUGGAAAAAAGAUUUUCUUACAUAUUUGAAAGUCAGUGAUUACGAAAAAAAAUCGAAAGACGUACAAGCUUAUCUUUUAAGACAACACAUAGGAGAAGUUGGCCAAAGUAAGAUUAGCAAAAUGCUUAAGAAGAAUUCAAAUGACUUGGAUAAUAUUGAUACACUAUUAAAGAUGCUUGAUAAUGUCUUUAAUGGUCCUAAAAAUGAUGUUGUAGAACGAUAUAACUUUUUUACCACAUCUUGGACAAAAAAUGUAUCAAUUGAGGCUCAUAUUAAUUACUUAAAGAAAAAGGCAACAACUUGUAAUUUUGGAACUAUGGCAAACAGUUUAAUCAGAGACAAAAUAAUUGCCAAUAUUAAAGAUAAAAAUCUUCUGAAAAAGUUAUUCGAAACAAAGAAUCUUGAUUUAUUAAAAUUGGUGUCAAUUUAUAAUGAACAUAUAAAGGCUGUACAAGAAAAAAAAGAAUCUUCUACAAAAGACAUUGCCAAUGUUGAAAAUGUCAAAGGUGUUGUAAAUAGUAAUGAUAUUAAUGCAAAAGUGAUUACAAAAAAUCAGCCACCAUCAAAUACAGAAAAUAAAAGAAAUUGUUCAAAAUGUAAUCAGAAGCAUGCUAUUAAAUCUUGCCCUGCUUGGGGAUGGAGAUGUGCAAAGUGUGGGGAUCGUAAUCAUUUCCCUGUUUGUUGUACAAAUGUUACUGCACAUAAUUUACAGAAAGAAACAAAUAAGAAUAAUAUAACUCCACAUAAUCAACACAAUCCAAAUUCGUUUCCACAAAGACAACAAGUGGUUCAUCCUCUCAUGCAAAAUAACAAUAUGAGAGUACCUUCACCAUAUCAGUACAACAAUGGACCAAACAUGAUUCCUAGUGCUUCAUCAUUUCCUCAUACUAACUCAGUAUAUCCAAAUUUCAAUACUGUAAUGAAUGCCGGUCAAACGCCAGUGGGUUUACAGCAAUGGCAGUAUGAAAAUCCGACACCUUUGAAAUCAAAUGAAUCCUUUCAGAAAAAUGCACCAAUGCAGCACCUUCCAAGUGCACCUACAGAAAAGCAAAUAACAACAAAUAUAAAAACGACAACACAUAAUAAACCAGUUAAUGGUAAAAAUAAAGAACCACCAAAUAAUUGUGUGAUAUCAUAGAGGUAUAUUAUGUUGACACCAGUGGUAUGGGGAUGCAGUAUGUAUUACAGAACGUUUUCACUUCGAUAAAGUGAAAGUAAAAUAUCGGUAUUUUGAAGCAGACAAUAUUAAAAGUCAAUUCAAAUCCAAAAUUGGAAUCGAUCAGUAAUAUAUAUUACAUUUAUAAGAAAAGAGUAUUACAUGUUAUGUAAAUUUGUUUUUGACGAAUAAAAUUAUUUUUACGAAGUGUAUAAGUAUAGACCUAAUAGCAAUAAAGAAACAGAAUU